CCCGGAGCACAGGCUGGCCAGCGGAGGACGCGCGACCAAGGCGGCCAAGGCCUCUGCGCUCAGGAGGAGGGGCGGGAGGAGGAGGCGAAGGAGGCGGAGGACACCAAGAGAGGCAGGCGGCUCGGCUGCUGUGCAAAGGAGGCGCCUGGCAGGAGCUGCAGCUGUACUUGGACGCCACAUUCCCUCCCUUACGGGACCCGUGAUAAGGAUGAGGAAGAGCUGACCCUGCUAAAUGCUGCCGCUGCUCAGUGUCUGGGAGUGAAGGGUCUCCUCCUCCUCCUCCUCCCCGGCUGUAGGUGAACCUGCGUUGAGCGCUUCCUCAGCAACACUGGGGGAAAUUUUGAGUGUGUGUCCUGUUUUUGUUUGGGUUUUCAAAGACGGAGAAGCGAGAGCGAGGGACCGCGGCCGGAGGAGGGGGGGAAAGAGCUCUCUCCUGUCUCCAUUGAAGCACAAUUCACUAUGAUCUUACUCGCCUUCAGCACUGCAAGCCGGGGGGAUUUCGUGCAUCAUUCCAGAGUGUUUUUCUUGCAAGCCUUGCUUUGGAUUUUAUGUGCAACCGGGUGCAGAGCGGAGCAGUAUUUCAAUGUGGAGGUGUGGUUACAAAAGUACGGCUAUCUCCCACCAACUGACCCCAGAAUGUCGGUGUUGCGCACUGCAGAGACAAUGAAAUCUGCUAUAGCUGCUAUGCAGCAGUUCUAUGGCAUUAACAUGACAGGAAAAGUGGACAGGAACACAAUUGAUGAUAUCACCUUAAGCUGGAUGAAGAAACCUCGCUGUGGUGUGCCUGAUCAGACAAGAGGCAACUCCAGAUUUAAUAUUCGUCGAAAGCGAUAUGCUUUAACAGGACAGAAGUGGCAACACAAACAUAUCACUUACAGCAUAAAGAACGUCACUCCAAAAGUAGGAGAUGCUGAAACCCGUAAAGCCAUUCGCCGUGCCUUUGACGUGUGGCAGAAUGUAACCCCUCUGACAUUUGAGGAAGUUCCUUACACUGAACUAGAGAAUGGCAAGAGGGACGUGGAUAUUACAAUCAUUUUUGCAUCAGGUUUUCAUGGAGACAGCUCUCCCUUUGAUGGGGAGGGAGGAUUUUUGGCUCACGCUUACUUUCCUGGGCCAGGAAUUGGGGGAGACACUCAUUUCGACUCUGAUGAGCCAUGGACUUUGGGAAACCCUAAUCAUGAUGGAAAUGAUUUGUUUCUAGUUGCAGUUCAUGAACUGGGUCAUGCCCUUGGUCUGGAGCAUUCGAAUGACCCAACUGCCAUCAUGGCUCCAUUUUACCAGUACAUGGAAACCGACAACUUCAAACUACCUAAUGAUGAUUUACAGGGAAUCCAAAAGAUAUAUGGUCCGCCUGACAAAAUCCCACCACCAACAAGACCUCUGCCAACAGUGCCCCCACAUCGUUCUGUCCCUCCAGCAGAUCCACGGAAGAAUGACAGGCAGCCUAAACCUCCUCGAGUGCCCACAGGAGACAAGCCUUCCUACCCUGGAGCCAAACCCAACAUCUGUGAUGGAAACUUUAACACUCUAGCCAUUCUCCGCCGGGAAAUGUUUGUCUUCAAGGAUCAGUGGUUUUGGCGUGUCAGAAAUAACAGAGUGAUGGAUGGAUACCCCAUGCAGAUUACUUACUUCUGGCGGGGACUGCCGCCAAGCAUCGAUGCAGUUUAUGAAAACAGUGACGGGAAUUUUGUUUUCUUUAAAGGUAACAAGUUUUGGGUCUUCAAGGACACCACUCUCCAACCAGGAUAUCCUCAUGAUUUGAUAACCUUGGGCAGUGGGAUUCCACCUCAUGGUAUUGAUUCAGCAAUUUGGUGGGAGGACGUUGGGAAAACCUACUUCUUCAAAGGAGAUAGGUACUGGAGGUACAGUGAAGAUAUGAGAACUAUGGAUCCUGGUUAUCCAAAGCCAAUCACAAUCUGGAAAGGUAUCCCAGAAUCACCUCAAGGAGCCUUUGUCUACAAAGAGACUGGCUUCACAUAUUUCUACAAAGGCAAAGAAUACUGGAAAUUCAAUAACCAGAUGCUCAGGGUGGAACCUGGGUAUCCCAGAUCCAUCCUCAAGGAUUUUAUGGGUUGUGAUGGACCAGCAGACCGGGACAAAGACCGGCACAGCCCUCAAGAUGAUGUAGACAUUGUCAUCAAACUGGACAACACAGCCAGCACUGUGAAAGCCAUAGCCAUUGUCAUUCCUUGUAUUCUGGCCCUGUGCCUCCUUGUCUUGGUUUACACUGUGUUCCAGUUCAAGAGGAAAGGAACACCCCGCCACAUACUGUACUGCAAACGCUCUAUGCAAGAGUGGGUGUGAUGUAGGGGUAUGUUUUUUCUCUCUCUCCCAGGAGUUUGUGGUAACUUGAGAUUCAACACAAGAGCUGUUAUGCAGUUUCCUAGCUAGGAGCAGGCACCUGUCCGCCUCGACAAGGGCUGAUCUUUAAAACCCAAGGGGCUGCCUGCCCUGCACAUGAGUGAGCGUUCACUCCAGUGGGAAGCUUCCAUCAUACACAGUAUCUGCCGUUUCUCCAGUCCUUUGUCUUUCUUUGUCAUUCGGUUCUAGCCUUUCCUCUGCACGCUUGAUACCCAAUGCAAACUAUCAGGAUUUUCAGUACAGAAGAGGAAAUAUAACAAUAGAGAGAAGAAUCUCCAGUAUCUCUGUGGGGGGUUUUUCAUCCCCUUUAAAGCCUGCUCCCCUUUGAAAGAGUUUUGCGUGAGGUUUUAAAAAGAAAAGAAAGAAAAAUGUAAUCAAUUUUUUUAAAGGGAAAAAAAAAGAUACAGCAACUAUAACACAACAAUCACAAUGGAACUUUCAGGAAGUGUGAAGACCCAAAACAGCUUUGUCUCCAAAGAGGAUUGCUUUCUGUCAGCUAUGGAAAUAGUCCUAUGCUCCUACACAUAAUUUUUGUCGAGUGGGAGACCAGGAUGACACACAGAAAUUCAGACUGUUUGGACAGCCAUUUUCCAACAAACAAGGGGCCAAAAUAUCUGCAAUAUAGUAACAGCCUUAAUGAUACAUUCAUUUUGUGUUUUAUACAGCUGUUUGGAGCUAUGUCCUCAAUGUUUUAAUGCAUUUAUAUUCAUUACUAUAUUCAGAUAGUAUCUUUUUUAUUGGUUGGUUUAGCCUUUUCUUGGUUUCUUGCCUCAUUCUUUGUGUUUGGGUUUUGGGGGUUUUUUUUGUUUUUCCCCAAGCUGCAACAGGCCCACAGCCUCAGGCCUUCCGUAGGUCUGUCAGGAACACUUACUUUGAAACCAUAGCAGAAAGAAGCAAAUCUAAAAGUAGAUUGCAGCAAGUCUGAAAGUAGAUUGCAGUGAACUAAAGUGAUGCUUAAUGUUACAGAGAAACAUAAUGCUAGUAUUCGGUUUAUAUAAUUGGUAACCCUUUGAGAACUAUGGGAUUCAUUUUCAAAAUGUGAGGGCUUGCUAACAUUGGCUGUCCUGAAAUUAUAGGACUGCACUGUGGUAGAACAGGAAAUCUUUGCUUAAAAUGAUUCUAGUCUAAAGGUUGUCCUAUGAUUACAACAUCCCUUUUCCUUCAUAGGUGGUCCAUAAAUCAUAUCAGAUCCGUGGAACCUCUGUCUCCUCCCCUCCCAACACCAUUGCCUCCAUUGCCCUUCUUGUCUGCUUCCAGUGGCCACUUGUACAUUAGUCUUGCUGGCCACAUUUUCUUCUGACACUCUUCAGUAUCAUAAAUGAUACUAAUAUAAACGUGGCAGCAGAGACCAGCUUGCGGCCAGUCACCAAGGUUAGCAGAUACACAGGACAAGGAGUGGGCUGGCCCACCUCACAGUUAGAGUGGUGUGAAAUAAGAGAGGUUUUCUUUCUUCCACUUGGGUGCACUAUUGAUGAUAGUGCACCCAAGUGGAAACAACUUACUAGCUUGUGGGUUCCUUUAUUUUAUUCAUCACUCAGAACAAAGUGGCUACAUUUUGGGGGCAGCUUAGUUUCCUGUUCCUCAGAAGAUGGUGUGCCACAUUCCCUCAGACUCUUCCCCCUCUUCUCCCAUCAGCAUUGACCUCAUGAAUUGGUGGCUCCCAUUGUCCCAUCCUAGAAAUGGAGAGUGCUAAGUAUUAAAGGGGGUUGGGGGGCAGGAGAGGCCACCAUAUGUUAAAAAAACCAGAUAUGCCAGUGGUCAUGGUGGGUGAAAUUGUGUUCAUUAAAAGGCAAGUGGUCUGUCUAGUCAUAUGCUUACAUGGACACACGGCUAGAACAGUAAAACCCAGUGACUGGGAGUAGAGAGUUAGCAGCAACAGAGACUGGAGGCAGACCGUUGUGUUUUUCAGCAAACAGAAAGUAGGAAGAGGCAUCUUUGCUCAUGAUGUGCACCCUCACCUUGCUGUUGCCUCUGUUGGCAGUUUUGCUUUGCUGUUCUUUGAAACCUGUUGACCAGAAAUGGCAGUGGAAUAAUGAGAGCAUACACUACAGGAAAUGAUGCUUCUGUCCUGCAUCUUGAACUCUUAUAAAAAACCGUUGUGUGUCUCCAGCCUGAGAACAUGAGAUUUUUAAUGGGGUCACAGAAGCAAGUCUUGGGGCGGGCCUCUCCUUUUAACCUUUUAAAUUUAGCCCUGUUUGAUUUCUGGGUCCCCCCCGCCCCCGGCACCGAACUAUACUGCGUAUUCAUUGAAGUUGCCAAACACAUGCAGUUGUAGUUAACAGUUUCAAUGUGAGCUAGAAAGCAACAACUCUGACAUUGUAUGGGUGCUGAUUUUUUAAUGUAUUGCCCAUUGGGUGUUUGCCUUAGUUCUCAAAGGGUCGACGAGGCCUCUGGCAUUGAGCUGUGCAUUAAGUCACAUUAAGGGACCACCAAAGCAUUGUGUGAUCAUGUGUAAUCUUGUGCUAAUAGCAGUAUUGUCAUUUUCAUGUGACCUGCAGAGCAGGUUAUGUAUCAAUAUUUUUUUCCUAGAGAAAAGUCAGCAACUGACAGACCUCUUUUAUUGAUUUUAGGAGCUGCUUCUUGCAGUGACAGGCUUUUGACAGUCACUGGGCUGUGAACUUAUUAAAGGUGUCCAGAAAGAAUGCACCCCACAAGUCAGAUGCCUGGCUUUGUAUGAAAGCUAGGAUUCCAGGGGAGUAGCUUUUGAAACAAUGAAUAGCUUGCCUUGAACUCUUAUUGAUCUGUUGACCGUCAUUACUGAGUUAAGCAUUGUCUUCUGUGAAAAACCCUUUGCUGUCUGAAUUUCCUUAACGUGUACUGUUUGAUGUCUUUGCUCUUUGACCUUUAACUUGCAAACUGGCACAAUCUCAAUGGGACAUCUGGUGUUGCUGAUCCAUUUGGAUUCGGACUGGGCUUCUUACAAAAAAGGCCUCUUAUACAUUGUCCAAACAUUCACCUGUUUUGUUAGGGAAGGACAGCGGGUGCAAUACCUGGGAAAUCCACUCCACAAGCCCCAUGGAAAUAAAUAGGCAUCACAUGGCAGUGCUCUUGCACAGCUCCCAUUUAUUUCAUUGGGGAUUGUGCAGGACAGUUUCCCAAUUGCAUGUGCCUGGUAUUUGGCACAUGCAAAUCUUAGAUGGAACGGUUGCUAUGUAUACAUGCACGCUCUAAAAAUGAACUGCGGUAGAAGUGAAUUUCUAUUUAAUUUCAGUGCAAUUUUCUGUAUUAAACCAGUCCUUUUUACAAAUAAAUGAUGACGUUCUAAAACAAGCAAACAAAAAUGCGAAAAUACUUGAAAAGGGCCAUCAUUGGCUUUUACGUAAAAGAUUUUUUAUACUAGACUCAGACAGUUUCUUACUGAUUUCCUAGUCCAUGUUACUGAAUCAUUUUUUAGAGAGUGUAAGUAUAUAUGCAUAUUAUUUUUUGGUAAUGAAUAGCUCGACUGCAUUGAAUUUAUAUUUAUAUUGAGCAUAGCAUGACUAUUAGUAUGCCUUUUUAGUCAAUUAAACAUGAUUUGGGGUUUGGUUUUAAAUUGGGGGUUUAUUUUACAGUCACGUGAGGCAUGCUAUAUAGGAUUUGUGGGGGGGGUCCUUGGGCAUAAUCAGCUAUAUGGGCGGAUAACAAAAAUGAGGAAGGGGUUGCUUUAUAGCACAUAUGCAGUGCAGAUGGCAUUUUGAAGGUAUGUCUUGUAGGUACUUUAUGCAGUAUGCUAAAGGUUGCACCACUAUGAGACCAUUGCAUUACUCUGGUAUAUCAGUUUCAGUUGUUGCUACAGCUACGCAGCCAUUGACAACAGCUGCAAACAUACAUGUUAAUCCCCUCCCCGUUUGAAAAUACCAUGCCUACUAGCCAGAAAAAUCACUAGGUAUUUACAAUAUUGUUUCAGGCAGAAAACUGAAAAUUAUACUCUGCUAUAGGCAAAAAAGGCCUAUCCUUCUAUCCUAGUGCUCUCUUUUGAAUAACAAACGAAAGCAAAACUUGUUAACCUGCAUUGGCUGGUCUUUUGUGUUGUUGGUUUUUACAAUAACCAAUAGAUGUAUGUAUUACUGAGAGAUUCCAAAAUAUGGUGAGUGUUGACAUUCACCUGUGAGCACUGACAAUCCCAGGCAGCUUUUAGGACUGUCCCAAAACUCCAAAAAGAGGCACCAGUGAGUGUUGCCAGCCAGCUAAAUGUAAUUGCCAGCAGUUUGCUGGCAUAUGCCUGAAAGGUGGAGAAAUAGAUAUCUACUUUGUGGAGGACACUCAUGCGGUUUAACUAGGAAUUACUUUAAAAUGCCAAUAUUCACUACCUUUUAGAGCCUCACUGUAACAUAUGUAUUAACAUGAGUACAGGGCAGCAACUUCAUCAUCCUCCCCCAACCCCGCCAUUCCCUUGAAAAUUGUGCAUCCCUUUCAAAGGUUGUCUCAUGGCAGCUUUUCAUUUUAAUACAGUUAUUUCCUGGAAAACAAUGAAGGAGCUGAGCAUGCUGCUGGUUUCUCUUUUUAUAAGGUAACUCAAAUGUUUAUAUUUGGAAAAUUUAACAUACAGUAAUUAUGCAGGAAGGUAAGAGUGAUCAUGUGUAGUGCUUGAUAUAAGGUACAUCAUGGUUAUGUGAAUGCUUAAUAACGUGAUCUAUUUAAAAGUGCAUUUAUAUAUUAUAUACUGAGAGAGAGUGACUUGAAAACUAAUGUUUUGGCAUGCUUUUGCCCAGCAAGUCAAGGUGUGUCAGCUUUUCUAUUACAAAUGUCUAUUUUAUGGAGCAAUCAUGUGAUAAUUCUGACACAGGACCUUGUAGCCCAUUCAAGCUAAUUUUGGAAGUGUGUGUGUGUAUGUGUGUGUCUUUAACCACAGGAGUUCAAAAAUAAGGGAGAGAACUUACCAAUUUAGAUGUUUUCCUGUCAGUAAAACAACACAACAAAACACAGUCACAAUGGACCAGGUGUUAAUCACUUAUCUUUUUUUCCUCAAACGUUGGGGAAAGAGUUUCUUCCAACUCAUUUUUAGAAAGGCUGUUUAUUUCACUAAACUUUGGUUGGGGGCCUUAAUGGAAUAUUGAGUUUUAGCAUUUACAAAAAAGGAAUGAAAAAACUCAUUUUGAAUAAAUGGCACACAUGCAUGUGCACAAGUAUAUUUCCUAGAAUUGUUAAUACAAGCCAGGAAAUGUCUUGUGGUUCCUUAAAGACUAACAAAUGUAUUGUGGCAAGAGGUUUUGUAGGAAAGAGCCUAUUUUAGAUGCAUGGGUUCAAAGGGAAGGCACAGUUACUGUACACCGCCCAGAGCCUCUGGAUGAGGCGGUUUAUAAAUGAAAAUAAAUAAAUAAAUAAAUAAAUAAAUAAAUAAAUAAAUAAAUAAAUAAAAUGGGUAUAUAUCUGCAUUAAAUGGGUUUAGUAGAAAAAGAUGUUGAUAACCACAUCUGUAUACAAGUUGUCACAGUCCACAUUGUAGAUCAGUGCAAUGCAAAAAUACUGAUGUCAUCACUCUGUUACAGUUUUAUCAAGAAAGUUCUGGUAUGUGGUGUAAAUUGAUAAAUAGCACAAUAGUAUUUGCCGUGAAAUGGAGGAAAAUGUUUGAGUUAAUCAUUUCUCAGGAAAAGAGAAGGAUGUAAACACUUCAGUAUAUAAUUUGCUUGAAAGGCUGAACUAGAAGGAAUGUUAUCUUGCUCCAAAGGAACCCUUACAAGUCUCCCUGAUUAUUUUAAGGUGUAGGGAGGGUUUUAAGAAGCGUAAAAAUGCAGUCAAAAUAGCGAGGGAGUGUGUGUCAAACACACUGACCAGCGCAAUCAAAUUUUGUGUUGAAACUCCCCAUGUCUAAGAUAGUUAUGGAAUUGGGUAAGGGACCAUUCACACUGGCAUAGUCUCACUGAAAUAUUCAAGUACAGAGAUCUGUGAACCUGUAUAAUGUCUCUUUCUCCUCUUGAUCUAUCCAGACCAGAAUCAUGCAGCCUUAUCCUUUGCAUGUUUAUUUGGAAGUAAGUCCCAUUGUGUUAAAAGGUGCUUAUUCCUCAGUACGUGUGCAUAGAACUGCAGCCUUAAUAACAGUGGCCCAUUAUGUUCUGCAGUGUGAUGUAGGUAGUUCUGAGCCUCCCUCACUGUUGUGGCAUCCUAAGGAACCACCAACAGUCUUGCACUUUUGUGGAAAAGCACAGAUACUUAAAAGUAGUGCUCCCAGAGUGUGAGGGAAAGCACAAGUCCGCUGGCAGUUCCUUAGGAGCCCUCAGCAUUAUAGGUGCCUCGGAACCACCUGCAUCGCCCUGUUGAACAUGUGGGCCACUAUCUGUGGUCUUCAGGCUAUUUCCUCUUUAACACUUCCACUGCAUUUGAAAGUAGCAGCUACAAUAUAGCGCCUCGUGCAUAAUUUUCUUUAGGUGGAUCUGUUUGUUUCCUGGUGCCAUAGUACUAAUGAUAAUACAAGGUCAGUUUUGCUUCUUAACAAAGCAGGGCUCGUAUUCUGGCUUGUUGGUAAGAACCUGGUACAUGCAGGUACACCUUUGAGUAAGGCCCCAACACUAAUCAUCUUACUAUACUAGACACAUGAAAAAUAUUGGCUUAAGUCCAAAGGUUCUUCUGCAUCAAUAGAAGUGUCUUCCAUUUGUGCAAGGUGACUCCUUCCCAUUUGUGCUAAUUCCUUCUGCUGCUGUAGCUCCACAUGCUGUAUCUCAUGCUAUUUUGAAAAGGUACCCAACCUUCAGUAGUGACUUCCAGGGUGCACAGGGAACUGGAGAGGAUGGUGAAAGAGCCUCAUGGGGUGAUUACAACGAAAAUUACACAGUGUCCAGGAUUUUGGAUAGGCUUAGGGUUUCAUUUAGGAACCAUACACCUUUUUGUUAAAGGGAGGUGGGGGCAGGAUGAGCUAGAAAAUGACUGGAAAGAGGAAAAAAUAACCUUAAUGGAACAGGGAAAGGUGUGUGGAGCGCAUAUAUCAUGCAGCAGAGAUGAAUGAGUUUCCUUUUUGCAUGAAAUCAUGGAAAGGGGACAACCAUUUUUGUGUGGUUUUUGCCUUUCGGGUAAUAUAUAAAAUGAUGAUUCUCGGACACUUAAUAAUUCUUAGAGAUUAGUGAUGUCCAGUACCUUUCUUGAUUGAUUAGAUUAAGCAUAGGUGACAACUAAGAAAAAUAAUGCUGUGACAGAUUUGGACAACUAUCACAAUACCAUUCCCUCAUCUGCUAAUUAUCUUACUGAUUAUUGUCAAACUAGCUCUAACCUAGAAAACCUAAUACCUCGACAACACAAUAUUGUACUUUUUUGUUUGUACUCAAGCACAUUUAAAUCUCCUUCGCUUCCGUUGUCUGUUGAAAUAAAUGGGACCCAAAAGUGCUUAACUUUGGUCCGACAUUGCUCCAUGUUUCCCACACUGUUGACUUCUUGUAAAGUCUGUCAUCAAAUAAGAAAAGAAAAGACCAUAUUACAGUACUUAUAUAAUUGUUCAGUACAGGGAUUAAAGGUUAUUCUCAAAUUCUUUUUGCAUUGGAGAUGGAUGUACAGUUAUCUGCCUCUUACCUGUUUUGUUAUAUGAAAAAUGAAGCUUCCAGCAGGGCAAAGUGUAUAAAAAGAACCCAGUGAUACUGCCUAGUCUACAAGAAGGCAUCCUACAGACAAAGCCACAACCCAGAUAAACUGGAAUCCAGACUUGACAAUAAAUUUAGUAGGAAAGAUUCAGUUAACUAGAAUGCAAACACUUUUCAACUCAUUUGUAAACUGGACAUUUUACUUGACUCCCUGCAACCUUUUUGUCACCUAAUAAAAGUAAAGAUAAAAUGUGCCGUCAAGUCGAUUUUGACUUCUGGGGAUUAAACUCACUCCAAACGAAUGUUUGUGUGCUUUCUUUCUCCUGUGUGCAUUUGCCUGUGUUGCAACGCUGCUUACUUGUUGCUCAGCUUCAGCGGCCUCUGCAUAUUGAACUAGCAUUUUUGCUCUUUGUAUUCACAGAUUGGCUUGUAGAACAUCAAGCCCACAGGUGGUAGGCAUGUCUUUGGCUUGCAAUCUCAUUGCAACCAAAUGAAAAUAUAUUGUACCACCAGAAACUAUUAUCUUACAUUAGUGCAUUUGGAUACCACAGAGGAUUCCCCUCCCUCCAAGAUGAUGUUAAAGGCAGUGCUGUAUUAGCCUGGCUUCAUUUUCUGUUGGCUGAGCAUUGCAAUGAGCUUUACAGAGGACUGACAACAUUAGCAUUCUUUUGCACAGGUGCCUUUCAUUUUUGAGCACAAAAUAUGUCAGCUGCUGAUCGCUUCUUCUCAUCUGGUCUGCUGCCCAAUUGUUUGCUGCCUUGUAGACACUCCCCACAGAUGAUGCUGGGCUCAGCCUACAAACUUCAUCCUUCACAGACUGUAGGAAUCACUUUGGCAUCAUCACAACUGAGCUCAGGCUUGCCCUGCUACUUUGCCCAGCAGGUACAGACUUGUCUUGGCAUGACAAGAUGGUCUCCCUGUGCUAUUGAGUCACUCUUGUUAUUUAAUCCAUAUGCUGCCAGUCCCUCCAGCUAAAUAAUGCAUCUCUAUAAACCAUACUGAGUCUGUAGCAUCUGCUGCAUGUUUACAGUCUUUGAGCACUGAGAGUUUUGUAGACCUACAGGGGCAGGCUUCAAAUCUUUCUGCAUUAACUGUUUAUUAUAGGGAAUGUAAAUGGGAGUUGGGUACAGGAACUACUAAGAGUUGGCCUAUUUGUUUCUUGACCAUCUAAUAAUAGUUUCUAAUUUUUGUAAUUUCGAUUACAGUCGCAAUUUCAGAAGGAGAUGGACAUAUUUUCCUAUAGGAAUGGGAAUACAAUAUUUCCCUGCUAGCCAUUCUUCAAAAUUGAAUAUUGGUCUAGUUGCUGUCAUUUUGCUCACAGUAUCCCCAAGAUCUUGAUUGUUUCCACAGGGAUUACUAGAUGUUUUGUUUUCAGGAAAUACUUCUUAUUUUUAUCCCACGGCUGCCAAAAAUCAGGGAGACGCUUAUUUCCCCAGUGCUUUUUACAGAAUCCCCACCCCAUCCCCCCCCACACACCUGACCCCUUGCAUUCCUACAACUGGUCUUUGCAUAGGUGUAUGCUUGCUUUCCUCUACUUCUUAGGACCUGAUCCAACCUUCCUAGUGAGAGUAAUAAAUUCUCAACUGCCAUCUGUUUAUAAGGGAGAGGUCACUUUGGGAGGAGCCAAUUUGGAGCUAAGUAGCAGUGGCAGAGUGCUUAACCCUAUCGACAUUGCUUCUUUGUUGUAAAUGGAGCCCAUGCAAAUUACUUUAUCUCUUACAUUUCAAACACAUUUACUCUAAACAAUGCAUGUUUGCACCCCUCCCUACAGGGAGACAAGGGGCUGGAGGUGGACAAUUUGGAGAGGAGAUGUGACAGAAAGUGUUUUGUUCUCCUAUCUCCCUACUUGCUUUUCUCUUCCAAAUCACCUCACAAAGUGGCUUUUCUCUGUUAAAAAAACAGUGCUCAGGAUUUUGAAACACAUGUUUAUAUGUAACAUUUGGUUAGGUCAUUAGGCACAGGAUGCAAUCAAGAACUUUGAAGGUCAAGUGGAAUUUUGUUUUUAGUUUCAAUAGUUUAUUGCACCCUUAUCCAUUUAUUUAAAAGGGUGACUCAACUGGGUACCAGCAAUUUGAUACGGAGAGCAAUCCAUAAGAACAUAAAGCAUGUGUUAAAUUUAUUACAUUUAGUGCAAGUUAAAUGCACUCUGUGCAGGAAUUGUACCUGCUGUGAUUAAGAUGUGCUAACAUGAGAUAAAGACCAGUGUUCUGGUACAGCCUGAUUGUUUCCCUAUGCUAACUGGUUGCAGGAACUCAAUUCCAUUUUCCCCAUUUCGUAGACAAAGGUCAUUUCCCCCCUCCACACAUUCAACAUUUACAAUGUAAACUUUGAGUUGUGUACUUUCAACCAUUUUGACAUUUUUGUAGCCCUACAAACAAGCCAGAAUGGGAACCUUGUGGGUUUUAAGGAGGUACAUGACACCAUUCUCACCACAGGCCACAAUAUUCCUACCUACCGGCGUCUGCAACAACUCUAACAAUAUAGACUGAUAUGUGAACCCACAGCAUGAGAUAGAUCAAACUUUUAAGUUGCAUGUGCUUAUGCUCUUUCCCUGUGUGUUCCCUACACAGUCAAUGCUGGAGUUUUGUUCAGUGCAGUGAGCAGGAGCGGCUCAUCCUAAUGAGCUGGCGGGGGGAGCAUCAAUGAGCUGGAUGUGUGUGCAAAGGCGGUACAGUUGCCUCUCCUUCCCAGACCUCUGUUUACUCCUCUCUCUCUGCUGGUCUAUGACCAUAACAAUAAACUAACUCCUCUUUCUCCCGCCCUGCCCCAGCAUUAAUGAGUCACACUGCCUGCAGGCUGGCCAUGCAGCUCCUGGCAGUGAGUAAACAAAAAGACAAAAGGAGCAUGUACCUACAUCCUAAUUUCUCUUCCACUUGUUAAAAAAAUCAUUUUAUUCCAUGGCUCCCAUAGCAUUCUCUGCAUUAGUAUUUUUUUAAAUAAAUAAAUAAAUGUUAUUCUUUCUUUCAAGUAGUUUCUAUGGACAAACACAAAGUUUCUUUGUGUGCAAAAGCAAGGCUGAUUAAUGGUGCUAAAGUGUAUAAUGACUGUCAGAUAUAAUCAGGCAAAAUUUUGUGGUGCUUCGACAGAUAUGUUUUCAUUGAUUUUUUUUUUUUUGCGUUGAUCAAUGCAUUUAACAGUGUUUUAUUAUACACACAUACUUUUUAUUAGUAAACCAAGGCCUCAUAGUGCACUGUUGAAUAAAUAAAAAAUGGGUUAAUUAAUCUGUGUACCAGCUCACCAAGCUAUUAUCGUUUAACUCCUUAUAACAUUGCGUAAUUAAAGGUCAAGGGGUCAUGAUAUUAAUCUCAUUGUUGCCGAUCAUUUACAUGAUGGGACAUUUUCCAACCAAGUACUUAUGUUUACAAUUCUAUAAUAACCCUUUGACUGCUGCGGCAACCUUUAACCACAAAAUAAAAAUGUCACAUGCUAGAAUCUUCUUUUUGGUUCUUGUCCUAGCAAUCAAAGAGUUAAGGGCUGUGCAGUGAUUUAUUUUCUAUUUAUUAAUUUCUAUUUAUUUUUUGUUUUCAUUUGAGGAGGGGGGUUGGGGUGGGGCAGUUCUUGUCUGCUGUAAGUGUCUUAACCAAGGGAAGGGUUAAAAUGGCUUUUUUCUACUAUCUUAUGUACUUACCAUCAUUUCAUUGUGUUGUAAUUAAAAAAACAACAACCUGUCAAUAAACAAGAAAGCAGAAAAAGUG